AUGUCCAAUACUCCCAGCCGGACUCCAAUCCCAUUGACCCGACCCAUCGAACCGGCUUGCUGCUCUACGCCGCGAGUCGAACAAGAGUUUGUGAGAACGGUGAACCGCUGCCAACCUCUUCUUUCGUCUUCCUCUUCCCCAUCGUGCCGCCAGCCGUCGUCAUCUCCAUUUUUGGUGACGAGCGGACCACCGAGCGGCUACGAGUCCCCCCCCCUCCUCGGCUCCUCCUCGUCUAUCAUUAGCUCUGGCUUCUUUGCCACCGCUAAAGCCGCCCCAAGAAAAAUCGUUCGCCGCUUCUCCAUCUUUGUCCCCCGUAGCUCCUUUAUCGAUGACGUCUCGUUCCCCGAUGUCUUCUUCUUCUCCCUUCUUACUGUUAGUCCGUUCAGCCGGCGGCCAAGACCCCCGCCUGACUCCGGCUCCGUUUUCUUCCCCUCGGACGUCACCCCACCCGACAUCGCCUCUAGCGAGAUCCGCGACGGCAGCGCAUUCUCCCAGCGAGCUGUCGCUUCCUCCUUUUGCUCCCUCGCAUUCUCCACCCUACCCGAGCGAGCUGUUGAUUCCUUUAAUUGA